AUGAAUUAUCUUCAGGUUGCAAUAUUUAACUCAUGUGCAUUAAACUAUUCAGGUCCUCAAGGGCGGCUAGAGUGUCUGUUAACUGAACCCGGUAAUAGAUCCUGUGCAGAUUGUGGAUCUCGAGAUCCGAAAUGGGUAUCCUUGAGCCUUGGAGCGUUUAUUUGCAUCAAGUGCUCUGGAGUUCAUAGAAGCCUUGGGGUGCAUAUAUCUAAGGUAUUAUCCGUCAAGCUGGAUGAAUGGACGAAUGAGCAAGUUAAUGCUUUAAUGGAGAAGGGUGGAAAUACUGUUGUAAACUUGAAAUAUGAAGCUCACAUGCCAGAUAAUUAUAGAAAACCAGAACCAGAUUCCUCUAUAGAGGAGCGCACUGACUUCAUAAGGAGAAAAUAUGAGAUGCAACAGUUUUUGGACCAUGAUUUACAGAUGUCAUGCCCCUUCCCAUCUCCAUCAUCCUCACAUUGCAGUUCUUCAGGGAGUCAAUCUCAUUCAUCCUCAGAGAAGAAACACUACGAGAAGCAAACUGGUCAUCACCGCAUUCAUGGUUUAGGGCACGCAUUUCGAAAUAGCUGGAGAAGAUCUGAGCACAAGACAACAAAGAAAAGUAACUCAACGGCAGGUAUGGUUGAAUUUGUAGGAUUGAUUAAGGUUAACAUAGUGAGAGGCACCAACCUAGCUGUGCGAGAUAUGAUGUCCAGUGACCCAUAUGUCAUGAUCUCACUGGGAAAUCAAUCAGUGAAGACGCGUGUCAUAAAGAAUAACCUGAACCCAGUUUGGAAUGAAAAGCUAAUGUUGUCGAUUCCUGAAAACAUUCCUCCUCUGAAGUUGAUUGUAUAUGACAAGGAUACAUUUAAAACAGAUGAUUUUAUGGGGGAAGCCGAGAUCGAUAUUCAACCCCUGGUCUCUGCUGCAAAAGCCUCUGAGUGCACCACAAUUGAUGAGUCAAUGACACUUGGAAAUUGGAAAGCAAGCAAAGAGAACACACUUGUAAGAGACGGCGUUAUCAGCUUCAAAGAUGGCAGAGUGAAGCAGGAAAUAGCUCUGAAGCUGCAGAAGGUUGAAAGGGGAGUGUUGGAGAUUGAGCUUGAAUGCGUGUCGCUCACACAGUAG